AUGCAGUGGAUUACAACAGCCCUCGCUCUCUCGACGGUGGUCGCGCGUCCUGCCUACGUCAUUCGGCUCCCAAACGGUGGCAACGUGCCUGGGGUCCCAGCCCUUGGCCACGCCGACCCCGACGGCCGCGACCGCAGCCUCAACGCGUUUGGCAACGCCUUUAGCAAGUACGGUUCAUCAUGGACCAAGACGCUCUGCCAGCUCGACUCGGACGGCGACGGCGCGACGAACGGCGAGGAGCUUUUGGACCCUUGCUGCACUUGGACGCAAGGCGGGAGCCUCGCGCUGUCGUCCUUCACACCGACCGACCCUGGUGUGAAGAAUCCUUUCUCCAGCGACCAACUCGCGGCGCUCAAGUGCGGCAGCAACGCGACCAUGCCGCCAUCGUCGGUGGCAGUGCCGAGUUCCAGUAGCUCGAAAACGAGUGACAGUAGCGUCACGCUCUCGUGGUCGAGUCUGUCUGUUCUUGGCACGACACUAGUAGUAGUGUUGGCGGUGUAG